UAAAGCCUAUUCACUUCCUGAUCUGCAAUAGCAUGUAUAUGCUGCAUAUAGCAUAUAUAAAGUCUGUUAACAUGAUGAUGCUUUUACAGAUUUUGAUCUUUUGCAACAUCCUGUAAUUCUUCAUAGUGACUAGAUGAAAUGAUAUGGUGCACUGAAAUAUUACAAUUGAUGUGAGAAAAAAGCCAUACAGAAAAACGUGUUACAUAUAUUUGUUGUUGUGUUGUGCUGUGCUAUAUUUUUGAGUUUCUGACAUGUUCACUGCCUGAGGGGGAGAGGGAGGAGUCUGUUUUCACACAGAUACAAGCCUUCUGAAUGAAAAUGAAAAUGAAAAUUGGAAUAUCAAAGACAAGAGCAGCACCAAUAUUAGAUGCCAAAAUCCCCUGAUGUGAUGAUGAGCACUGAAGUUUACCAGCAGCAGUAUGACGUCUCCAAGUUCCUGAGGAUCAAGCCAAUGGCUGUGGGGAUAUUGGAAAUCUUGAUAGGUUUAUCAGCACUUGGUUUGACAAUCUGGAAUGAUAGGCUUUUUCUUCUCUGGUCACCAAUUGUUUUCAUUAUAAUUGGAGCUCUAAUAUUAUCGGCUGCAAUCACAUGUAAACCACGUUUGGUAAAAGUCUCUAAAAUAUUCAGUUGUGUAAAUUUUGGAGUUGCGGUUUUCUCCCUAUACUCUCACUUUCAUAUCCUUUUUAGUUUGUCCUGCCAUCUCCUAUUGUUAUGUGAUAUUCUGAUAUUAAUCUUCUCUCUUGCUGUUGCCGCAACCUUCUGUCCCUGUUGUUGUAAACCAAAGUCAAGACCUGUCACGGUCAGUUAUAUGAAUACCGAUUUGCCUGCCAACAAUAUUGUGCUGAUGGGCCAGCCGGACUGUUCUGCAACGGCACAUCCUGGUUCAGUCCUGUACACGAUGCCAACAGCAGGUGGCCAAGCCUCAGCUACACUUCUGCCAAUAUGGGGUUUAUUUUCCAAUGCACAUCCACCAAACUACAUUCCAGUACCAAUUACAUCUCCACCAAACUACAAUCCAGUACCAAUUACAUCUCCACCAAACUACAAUCCAGUACCAAUUACAUCUCCACCAAACUACAAUCCACCAAUUACAUCUCCACCAAACUACAAUCCAGUACCAAUUACAUCUCCACCAAACUACAAUCCAGUACCAAUUGCACCUCCACCAACCUACGACCAAGUCACAGCUGCACUUCUACCAAACAACAGUCCAGUCCCAAGCGCACCUCCACCAGAAUAUCAGUAUGAAGAUUUACAGGCCAGAAGAUGAACUAGAUCUCC